AUGGCCGACCUCGCCCACAAAACCAUCGCCAUCACCGGCGGCGCCUCGGGCAUGGGCCACGCCAUCGCCCUGCGCCUCGCCCAACUCGGCGCCAACGUCUCCAUCGCCGACGUCGCCCCCGCGCCCCAGCUGGCCGCCGCCCUCGCCGCCAUCGAGGCCGCCGCCGGCCACGCGCACGCGCACGACUCCCACUCGCGUUCGCGCUUCCUCGCCCGCACCGUCGACGUGCGCGACUCGGCCGCCGUCGACGCGUGGAUGGCCGACACGGUCGCGUCGCUCGGCCGCAUCCACGGCGCGGCGAACUUUGCGGGGGUGCCGGGGCGGGAGAUGAACGUGAGGGGCGUGGCGGAGGUGGGCGAUGAGGAUUGGGAGCUUGUGGUCGGGGUGAACUUGACGGGGGUGAUGAAGUGCAUGAGGGCGGAGGUGGGGGCGUUUGCUCAUGCGGUCGUGGAGGAGGGGGAGGGGAAGGGGAAGGGGAAGGGGAAGGGGGUGCCGGCGCAGGCGGGCGCGAUUGUCAAUUGCAGCAGCAUUCAUGGGGUGGUGGGCGGGGCGUUGCGCGGGGCGUAUGCGGCGAGCAAGCAUGGGGUUAUUGGGUUGAGCCGGAGUGCGGCGAGGGAGUUGGGGAGGAGGAAGGAGGGCGCGAUAAGGGUUAAUGUGGUUUGUCCGGGCCACAUCGUCACGCCGAUGCUGGAGUCGACUGGUGAUCUGGCGCUCAUAGAGCAGGCGGAGGAGGUGCAGUAUGAUACGACGCUUCAAAGGGUGGGGAGGGUGGAAGAAGUGGUGCCGCUCGUCAUACAUCUCCUCAGCAAAGAGUCGAGCUUCACCACCGGCGCUGUGCACAUGGUAGACGGUGGUCGGUUUUGUUAG